AUGGAUAUAAAGCAAGAACGUAUAACAACGUUCAUUAAUCGUCGUCCAAUAACAAACCAUGCUAGUGAUAUUAGUUUUUCUUUCUGCUGUGUUUGCAAUGGAGGCCGCCUCUUUGAGCCUUGCUUAGGACUGAGUAGCACGAAUGAUAAGUUGAACGAGAAAUUAUUAGGAUCGCUCGGUUACCUUAAGCACAAGGUAAAGUUCUGUUGUGAAUGCGCAAAGAGUGCUCAAACUCACUUGAACGCUAAGGACUAUUUGAAGAUGAACUCAAGAUAUGAGGCUCUUAUUCUUGAUUACGAUACGAUCGAUAAGAUGGCAGUAGAACUCAAUACAAACGUUUAUGAUGUUCAAAUACCCUUGCUCAGAGAGACGGCACGAACAUCUACAAUAGCAGAGGAAUGGGCUGCGCCUUAG